AUGGUUGCGCAGGCAUUGACCGCAUCUGAUGGAAGGAAACGUUUCCUCAGCCAAGACGACCUCGAGUGUGAACGAUGCUUCACGCAGGAUGGUAUGGUCUAUGACUUGAAGGCAAUAGGGGUCCAGAUUGUAGAGUCGACAUGCUCAGUUGGUCACAACAGUAUUCUGAACUACUUGAAAAAGGCCGCAGAUGUGCUGGGCAUCGAAUUCGAUUGCGAGCCCGAU